AGUCAAACCGACCCUACCCAUGGAAAUAGCGCUCGAGGUGCCGAAGCGAUAAACGUUGGACAAGACGCAUCAACACGGAGAUAAGUUUCGACUCGCAGUCAGCCUCUUUUUGGCCGUGACUUUUGACCUACGAGUUCAUACCUAUCGACCUUUUGACCAUUUCCCCUUUCACUUGAACCUCGACCAGAACUCCCUUUUCGCUUUUGGAGAAACUUGAAAAGUCGACCAAAAUCCCCUCGGUGCACAAUUGUGGUCACACACGUACACCUAGGUAGUAAUUGUCCCAUUUUCACCUACCAAACACCUGUUGCUAGGCAUCAACGACCAAUGGACUCUACCCAAGUCAACCUCGGAACGCCAUGUGGCCAACUCGUGGCACCGUCGUUACCGGGAGCGGAGGUUCUUGGAAUCUCGUCGGUCGAGGUGCACAACUACAGCUUCCCGGCGGUGGCCAUCUUCAAUGCCCCCGCGGUCACGAACCUCGACUUUUGUAACGUCAGCUUGAGCCUCCGACACACCGGGGCCGACGACACGGUCUACGUCGACGUCUGGCUCCCCCUCCAGCGGGAGGACUGGAACGGCAGGUACCAAGCCACGGGCGGAGGCGGGUUGGCGGCCGGCAUGGGGCCUCUCAUCAUGUCCGGCCAGGUGGCCGACGGGUACGCGGCGUCGGCCACGGACGGGGGGCUGACCAAGAACGGGACCGUCGACCCCCAGAGCGGGCGGUGGGCGUUGAGGGAGGAAGACGGCAGGCCGGACGACGACCUCCAGCUCAACCUGGCCUGGAGGUCCAUCCACGACAUGGCCGUGGUGUCCAAGGACGUCAUCAGGCAGUUCUACGGUGCCGGCCCCGACUACUCGUACUGGAACGGGUGUUCGCAAGGCGGCCGCCAAGGUUACGCCGCGGCCGCAAAGUACCCUCGCGACUUUGACGGGAUCUUGGCCGUCGCCCCGGCCAUCGACCUGCCGUCCAUGGUCUCCUCGGAUUACUACCCUCCCGUGGUCCUGCGCAAUUCCGCCGAGAUCCCCCCCGAGUGCAUCUUGACGGAAUUCCAAAGGGCCAUUGUCGAAGCGUGCGACCCCCUCGACGGAGUGUCCGACGGCCUCAUCUCCACCCCCGAGAGUCUUGAAAGGUGUUCGUUGGAGUUUGACCCGGACGCGCUGGUCGGCAAGACCAUCGCGUGCGACGAGGACUGCGUCGACCGAGACCCGUUCGCGGGUUGGGUCAAGGUCCCUUGCCGCAAGACGGGCGAGGAGGUGACCAUCACGAGCAAUCACGCCGACAUCGUCCGCAAACUUCUCGCGGGACCCCACACGGCCGAUGGGAAAAGUCGUCUCUGGUACGGUAUGGCCCCGGGUGCGGACUUUGACGCCCUCGCUCGCGUGGUGGUGGUGACGGACCCUGACGACGAAAAUCACACCCGACGCGAGGUCGCCCCCUUUGUCGUGGCCGAGAACUGGCUCAAGUACUUUGCGUUGCGGGACCCGACUUACGACAUGACCGAGAUGACACACGACGACUACGUCCACGCCCACAAAAUGUCAGUCGACCGCCUCACUCCGCUCUGGGGUAACCGACAACUCGACCUUUCCGAGUUCAGUCGGUCCGGUGGCAAACUCCUGACCUGGUUCGGGUUGGCCGACGAGUACAUCACGCCGUUCGGCAUGAUGAGGUUUCGCGAGGGCCUACAAGAAACGUUCGGGGGACCCGACGCCGUCGACGAGUGGUACCGUCUGUUCUUCGCUCCCGGCGUGGGUCACUGUGCGGGUGGUGUCGGCCCCAACCCGGUCGACCCCUUGGGGGCGCUGGUGUCUUGGGUCGAGCGGAACAAAGCCCCCGACGUCUUGUCGGCGGCCAAGAGGACCGACGAAGGAGUCCGAGUGUCGAGAAACUUGUGCAGGUUCCCCAAAAAGUUGGUGUACAAAAAGGGAGACGUCAACGACGCGAGUAGUUUUACUUGUGAGGAGGAGAAAGAGGAAUCUCUAGCUGGUGGAGGUGGUGAUGAUAAUGAUGAUAAACGACAACGACAUGAGGAGCUUUGAAGAAACUCAAGCUACAAAAAGUGAAACCAGAAAACAAGAACAACAAAUUUCUCUCUUGCCAGCUACUACUCAGUACCUCUUUGCUUUGCUUCUACUCCGGAGGGACGAGUGUCUUUUACUUCUUUGGCCACCACCUCAUCCAACGUGUGUCACGGAAUAAUAAAAGAGAAAUUCCCUCGGAAAGAUAUAAAUAUUCAAAAACCUAUCAACUG